GAAGCCUCGAUAGAUUCAGGGGCUGACCAGGACGAUGGCUUGGAAUUCUUACUGAAUCCCGCUAAAUACUAUGGAAAGCUGGAGGAGCUUGAGGUGGACACUGCUCUUGAAUGUGGUAUUGAUCGAAUUUUUUACCACCCGCCUGGCGAACCAGAACCCUACUCCACCAUAUCCGAGUGUAUCCAAGCACUUUCGAGAUGCGUCGAUGCGUUCCUCAAUCUUCAAAAAGAGGGUUUCUGUGAGCGCGUGUUCACAAUUCUGGCGGAAGAUCCUUCUAGGCAAGAUGUCGCAAAAGCCGUUCAUGUGUCAUUGGAGAACAUAAAAACAUUAGUCUCUCUGCGCAUGUUCUGUCUCUCAUAUGGAAAGCUCCAACGUCGCCAGAAAGACGAGGAUAAAAGAUCAGUGCCACAAUUAGCACCCCGUGAGUUGUUGCCGUCCCUCAGGUUUCUAUGCAAAGUGUUAUCAGUUGGUCUCGUAUCGUUCGCCGGUUCACAUGUUUGUCGUUUCGACAUCAACCUUCGCGACGAAUCAGUGGAAACGAUUCCGGUCGGAUUCGGUCUUAAAUUCACUCUGCGAAAACUGGCGUGCCUCGACGAGUUUAUCGGUGGACCUGCAUGGAUUCUGGGGAAGCAUGACUCGACAGCGUCACCAGAAACUGGCAUUAAAGUCUCUCUCACCGUUCAGGAUUUCCAACAGCUCUGGGGACCAAUAUGGCUGCUUGGUGGGAUUCCAUUCGAAGCCCCGCGCCAGCAAAAUCUCCUAUUGAGCACUAGCACGCGGAUAUUGAUUGGAACCACUAGCGAUGCGGGAAAUUUUGGAUUCGCCGUCAAUGAUGAGUGCCGAAGCCAGAUUGAUUCAAUACAGCAACGUAUUGCCGGUCAGCUCGAGUUCCCAGGGGCAUGCAAAGCUCAUUACGUUCGCGAUGGCUGGACGAUGAACUUUAGUGGCGGUCAGUACGUCACGGGAGGAAUUUCCAGGAGUUGGAAAAGAAUGCCAGCACGAACGUACAAGAGCGCAUUUAUUGAGUAUUGCACCAAGCCAGAUGCCGAGGUGACACCGCUCUUAAAGCUCCAGAUUGGCCUUGAAAUCAGUGCGUGUACUUGGAACGCCCGACGAAUCUCCCUCUGGGAUGCGCUUUGUCUAUCACAGACGAAACGCGCGAAUGCAAAAGCUAGUAUGGCUACUUCGCCGACAUCAUGCGAGCACAGUAUUGCUGAUUGUAUCAGCUCCUGCUGGGACAAAGAAAACAAUUCCAGGGGCGAAAGAGCGAAUGCCUUUGGAGACGGGCCCAUAGAUCAGCAGGUAUUGAGCGACUACGAUGCCUGGCGCAGAAUAACCAAGUCCAUCCUAGCGCUUCAACACACUGGAAUCGACCAUAAAGGAAGCUUGCAGGCCUGGUGGCCAUUUAUCAACACUCCACAGACCUACCGCAUGACACCGAAUGAAGUCAAUAACUGGUUUCGCGUCGUCGAAGAUUCCCCGAUAACGGCGACCUUUGCCGUCAUCAGCAAACGCUGCUUGGAGCUUCGAGAGCAGGGGAUUGCCCGACAAUACUCAACGCCAUGCAGAAACGGUCAUGUUCGAUUUGCACAGACCGGCCUAUUGACUCGAAUCAUGCUAGAUCCUCUUCUUCUGUCUGCACGUAACGGCAAAAAGAAGCAGCGAGAUGACCUGCCAGCAGAAGAGGAAACGGUUGGUCUGGUCCAGGGUACCAAGGUGGUCGUGGGCGAAGCUCAUCUGACCGUUGAGAGUGGAUCUAAAGGGGAUCAAAGGGCUGUGAUCGCAUCAGUCAGUACAAAUCCCGUGUAUAAAUUGGGAGCUCGAGUUCGACUAUUAGCGGAAGGGAAGAUUCUCAGGGCCCGGGAGCAAGUGAACGAUGAAAUCACGACAGGGGCAUCAUUUCCGGUGAUCGUUUAUUAG